AUGAGGGUGUGGAGUUAAGUCCCCGGCCUGCGGUCCCCGCUGCGGCAGUGUCCUCUUCACUCCCUGCAGGGCUCUGAAGCCCGAAGUCCUGGGUCCCCCGCCCGCCCUCGGUUGGACCGGGUUUGCCGCGCGGUGAUCCCGGACGGUCUCCACCUGGUGCUAGGCCGGGAUCCAGCACGGGAGCGCCUCCCUGUCCUCCCUCACAGCAGCCCUUUCGCCUUGCUUGGUGCCUGAGGCGAGCCCCGGGUGCGCCCGGGGUGAGCCCUGGCCCACUUCCUAGUGCAGCCCACCCUGCGUGUUUCUGGGAUCCAGCCACAGGCUGGACGGGGCGCUCGCUCCCAUUGGAUGUGAGGGGGCCCAAGGCAGUGGUUACAACUCCGGCUUGAGCCUGUGGACAUCAGCCUUGUGGUUCUGACUCUGCCAACUACCGGCUAUGACAUUACUCUAGCCUUUUUCCUUCCCUGGGCCUGAUCCCCUCACUGAUCUGGUGCUCCGAUCUGUGAGUUAGCGUCACAGCUGCUCAGUUCCCUUCCCUCUGCUGACCAGCGCAGAAACAGCUCAAACUCUUCUCUCUGCUGACAACAGAUUUUAGGUGAAGUUUUGAGAAAGAAGAAAUUGGGGCCAGAGGGAAGUGAGGAAAAUCAGAUCCCAGAUCUUUGGAGAGAAAGAGAUGUAAGGAGCAACACCCUCUACCAUAGACCAUCAGGUGGAAAUAGCAGGUUGAGAAGAGCUAGGGCUCACAGUCUACCUGGAAUAAUAGUCCCAAACAGGCUGGUGCCGCCCUCCAGCUGAAGGUGUUCCCUCAGCUGCCCCAAGAAUGUGAUUGUGAAGCCAAAUCUGCAGAUCCAGUGGGAAGCAGGCUCCCGGGGCCAUGGCCCAGGUCAGCAUCAACAGUGACCUCGGCGAGUGGGGCUCGAGCAUAGACUCUGGGGAGCGGGCCCGUCUGCUGCAGAGUCCCUGUGUGGACACGGCCCCCAAGAGUGAAGGGGAGGCCUCUCCUGAGGGUCUGGGCAGAGGUACCACUUCCACCCUUGGGGCCAUCUUCAUCGUCGUCAACGCCUGCCUAGGUGCAGGGCUGCUCAACUUCCCGGCCGCCUUCAGCACGGCAGGUGGGGUGGCAGCCGGUGUCGCGCUGCAGAUGGGCAUGCUGGUCUUCAUCAUCAGCGGCCUCGUCAUCCUGGCCUACUGCUCCCAGGCCAGCAACGAGAGGACCUACCAGGAGGUGGUGUGGGCCGUGUGUGGCAAGCUCACGGGAGUGCUCUGCGAAGUGACCAUUGCCAUCUACACCUUUGGCACCUGCAUCGCCUUCCUCAUCAUCAUUGGGGACCAACAAGACAAGAUUAUAGCUGUGAUGGCAAAGGAGCCUGAGGGGGCCGGUGGCAGCCCCUGGUACACAGACCGAAAGUUCACCAUCAGCCUCACGGCCUUUCUCUUCAUCCUGCCCCUUUCCAUCCCCAGAGAGAUCGGCUUCCAGAAAUAUGCCAGCUUCUUGAGCGUCGUGGGCACCUGGUACGUCACUGCCAUCAUUAUCAUCAAAUAUAUCUGGCCAGAUAAAGAGAUGACCCCGGGGGACAUCCUGACCAGGCCAGCUUCCUGGGUUGCCGUGUUCAAUGCUAUGCCCACCAUCUGCUUCGGAUUUCAGUGCCACGUGAGCAGCGUGCCCGUCUUCAACAGCAUGCGGCAGCCCAAGGUGAAGACUUGGGGUGGGGUGGUGACAGCCGCCAUGGUCAUCGCCCUCGCUGUCUACAUGGGCACGGGCAUCUGUGGCUUCCUGAGCUUUGGAGCUGCUGUGGACCCCGACGUGCUGCUGUCCUACCCUUCUGAGGACAUGGCUGUGGCCGUUGCCCGCGCCUUCAUCAUCCUGAGCGUGCUCACCUCCUACCCCAUCCUGCACUUCUGUGGGCGGGCGGUGGUCGAAGGCCUGUGGCUGCGCUAUCAGGGGAUGCCCGUGGAGGAGGACGUGGGGCGCGAGCGGCGGCGGCGCGUGCUGCAGACCCUCGUCUGGUUCCUGCUCACCCUGCUGCUGGCGCUCUUCAUCCCUGACAUCGGCAAGGUCAUCUCGGUCAUCGGAGGCCUGGCCGCCUGCUUCAUCUUUGUUUUCCCAGGACUGUGCCUCAUUCAAGCCAAACUGUCUGAGAUGGAAGAAGUCAAGCCAGCCAGCUGGUGGGCGCUGGUCGGUUAUGGUGUCCUCUUGGUCACCCUGGGAGCCUUCAUCUUCGGCCAGACCACAGCCAACGCCAUCUUUGUGGAUCUCUUGGCAUAACCACUGCCUCCAGGCAACACAUGGUCUUUGCCGCUGGACCCAGGAACCCAUCUCUUUAAGCUGUGGGGCCACCCUGUGUCCAACAUCAUUCCCCUUUACUGGUGGGAUGAC